ACAGUUGUCACAAGACCCAAUAAUCACAUAUGACCGUAUUGUAGAUUUUCUUCGUCCCCAUUGAAUUUUUGUUCGUGUACGGAGGAAAUUUUUUUCAAAUUUUCAGCAAAUACCCUAAUUUUUGGAGGAAAUUUGUGUAAAAAUCAAAAACAACAAAUAUGUCUGGAAAGGAUAGGUUACCAAUUUUCCCCUCUCGUGGUGCCCAAAUGUUGAUGAAGGCACGUUUGGCUGGUGCACAAAAGGGUCAUGGGUUGCUGAAAAAGAAGGCUGAUGCCUUGCAAAUGCGUUUCCGUAUGAUUUUGGGUAAAAUCAUUGAGACCAAAACUUUAAUGGGGGAAGUUAUGAAGGAGGCUGCCUUCUCCUUGGCCGAGGCCAAAUUCACAACCGGUGACUUCAAUCAGGUGGUUUUGCAAAAUGUCACCAAAGCCCAAAUUAAAAUUCGCACAAAGAAAGACAAUGUGGCUGGUGUUACAUUGCCCGUUUUCGAAUCCUAUCAAGAUGGUGCUGAUACCUAUGAAUUGGCUGGUUUGGCUCGUGGUGGUCAACAAUUGGCCAAAUUGAAGAAAAACUAUCAAAGUGCUGUCAAGCUAUUGGUAGAAUUGGCUUCCUUGCAGACCUCCUUUGUGACCUUGGAUGAAGUCAUUAAGAUCACCAACAGAAGAGUUAAUGCCAUUGAACAUGUCAUUAUUCCCCGUAUUGACCGUACCUUGGCCUACAUUAUCUCCGAAUUGGAUGAAUUGGAACGUGAAGAAUUCUACCGUCUAAAGAAGAUCCAAGAUAAGAAACGUGAGGCCCGUUCCAAACAGGAAGCCCACAAGGCUGAACUCUUAAAGAAGGGCAUCGAUGUCCGUGAGGUGGCCAACAUCUUGGAUGAGGGUGAUGAUGAUGUUCUAUUCUAAGUCCACUUUGUAAAGUUAUAUAGAGCAUAAAGAAAUCAACUCUUAGACAAACAACCAACAAAAAGCAAAAGAAACAAUAAUAACAACAACCCAACACACUACGAACAGUGUUUUAAGUUAUAAGUCUAAACGGGAAAAAAUACCUGAAAAUUAUUGUUGUUUUUUUAUUUUAUUUCAAUUUGAUGUUUAGUUUCAUUUCGUUAUUGUUUUUUGUGACUGUCUUCCCCGGUUUUGUUUUUUUUUUUUUCAUUUUCAUUUGAAACUUUUAUUUCACUCUGCUAACGAAAAAAGACACUUAACACAGUAUUCUUUGCCAAGUAGUGAUUAUUUGUUUGUUUUGUUGAAUAUGGUUUUUAAGAACAAUAUAAAAAUUUGCAUCAGUUUUAAAUAAAAUUCCAUAAAAUUAUCGUAAUAUACUACUGUAUUAUAUAUUAAAAAAAAGAAUUAGAAAAAAAAACGAAAUCUUCAUAAAAAACUAUUGUUAUAAUUAAUAAGUAACGCCUGCAUUAUGGUAUUCAAAUAAAUAAUAUAUAAAUGUUAAUGGAAA